CACAACUUGCGCGCCGCGGUCACGCCCGCCAGUGCUUAGCGCUGGGUCCCGGCAGGCUGAGGUUGAGCUGCGCAGCUGUGUUUUCAGUGAUUUCGUCUCCGCGGUUACCGGUACAAGAUGAAGUUCUCGGUGGAUUCCCGGAGCUGGCUGUGGACGGGGCUGCUGCUCCUGGCUGCAUUGUGCACGGUGAUAGCGGACGAUCCUGCAUCUGUGGCGCCUGGUAUUCUGGUUACAAGCACAGAGAAGGCUUCACUGGUCAACACCACAACACCUUCCCCUAAAGAACAAGGGAACACAACAGGCAACGGAACAGCUCCAGUGCCUGUGGGAACUACCUCCAGCGUCACUAGUCCUAAACCAGCUACAAGUCCUGCUACAAGUCCUGCACCCACCACGCAUCCCACAACUCCUACAACACAAGCACCUGCUACAAAGGUCUCGACCACAACUGUGACCAGUAAAGAAACUGUGACCACCAAGACCACCAAUGCGACUGCCACCUCCUCCAGUCCAGUCACCAGUUCGAUCUCCGCCACAUUACAGCAGAAAUCUGGGUUCGAUCUGGGCAGCUUCAUAGGAGGUAUCGUGCUAACAAUUGGCCUCUUGGCAGCAGUCUAUUUUGGAUGCAGAUUUUAUAACUCAAGAAGAGGCGUCCGCUACCGCACCAUAGAUGAACACGAGGCCAUCAUCUAAUACAUCUGGAAUCAUCUUGUUUUCUUUGGAAGAUGCAGUUUGUACAAAAAUAAGCUUCAGGUAAACUCUGCAUUUGGAUCACGUUGUACGUUGCGUAACAGGAUAAUAAUACAAUGGACUUUUUCUAAUACGACCUUCUUGACGAUCUGUACCGAGACCUGCAUUGCACCCUGCUGAGACCUCUUACCUCUGCCCUCAAACUUGAGGACUGCGCCAUAAGGCUUUCGGCUUACGCUUUAUGGGAUCAGUCAUUGCGUUCCACUUCUGUACAAAAGUUUCCAUUGCUGCUUUCAUCGCUAUGGAUUGGACCUUUAGCAGGACAAAACCACUUUUCCAAAAUAAUUUCUUUUGCAUUGCUGCCUUAUGUUACAACAUUUGUCCACAGGUUUAGGGAUCUUUAUGCACAGUUUUUAUGUACUGCUAAGAGCCUUUACUUGAACAGGAGUAUCAUUCCGCGAAAGUUUCCUAUAAUGUAGCCCCACUUUUUAGAGAUGACAGCUUUGUGUUUAAAAUUGAUGCCAGGAUACGUUGCAAGGUGGGAUAUUUGUUGAUGGGGUCGUGCAGAGAAAGAAGCAACCUGUAUAUGGUGUCAAAAAGUAUAAAGUGUAAAGCAACUAAAUGCCACACACCCCGUUAAAUGCAGUGCUCCUGGCCCUCCUCACCCAUCCUUUCCUGUCUGCUCAGAACAGGACAAGUGAUGGGAAAAGGGAGGAGCUCAUAUCACUGCUCAUUAGAUUUUAAGGCAGCAGGAAGCCUUUCUCAGUCACAGUAGUUUCCAUCAAAAUGUUGUCACUGCUGCCUUAUAUGAGAGAGACGUUCUGCUUCCUUAAAAUCUAAUGAGCAGUAGUAUGAGCUCCUCCUCUUCACAUCGAUGGUCUCGUCCUGAGCAGACAGGAGGGGAGAGCAGGGAGGGGAGCUUCACUUUCAAAGAGGGUGACGGAAUGUCACAGCUACAAGGGAGACAGCUCAGCUGGUAUGGAAAUCUAUGCACUAUGGUUAAUAAUAUAUUAUUUUGUUUUAUUAUACUUUUUGAAACCGUACCCAGGUGGUUUCUUUUGUUGAACAACCCCUCUAAGAUGCUUGUUGUGUGUAAAUCCUCAACUGCUUAAGAACAUAGCCGGCAAGCCUUUCCUAUGGUGUCUCCUGUCGUAAAUGGUAAACUUUAGGCGCAAGAGUUGGCAUCCUUUUGUAGGUGAUGCUACGUACACCUAAAUGAACCAGCUAUUUUUUUUAAAUCUCUCUAAAUAUUCCUAAAAAGCUUUAAACAUUACUGGGCGCAUGCCUUGAUGACUUGGAGCCCCAUUUCCUCCUAUUGUUAUAACUAAUUGGUGCAGUCAUUUAGAGAAUCAUGCAUUAUAUUGUAAUAAGGGAACAUGUCUGUUUUCAGGUUCCUUGUUAAAGGGGUACUCCACUAGAAAAUAUAUUUUUAUUAAAUUAACUGGUGCCAGAAAGUUAAACUCAUUUGUAAAUGACUUCUAUUAAAAACAAUCUCUAUCUUUCCAGUACUUAUCAGCUGCUGUAUGAUCCACAGGAAGUUCUUU